GCUGCCUGCCCUCCUCGUCACUGACACCGAGAACCUCCGACACGCCCCCUCGCCGCCUUGCCAGGACCCCGAAUGCCCUCUUGAAGACUGGCUGACGGAGGAGAGACACGCCUUCCUCGUCAGCACCGUCAAGGCCCUCGUCAGUACCCUCUUGAAACGUCAGGCCCAUCAGCUGUCAGGUGGGGAGGUGGACCUGUGUUUGGACAAGCAUAGAAAACGGGAUGUGCUAGGUGUCACUUCGGUAUAUAAGGGUUGGUGGUGUGGGUGUUGUGUGGGCUGGUGUGUGUGA